CGUAUGGUUAUUAUAUACGUAAUAAUGGAUGAGUACGUGCUUCAUGUGGGAAACCGCCACCACCGGCAUGGAUUCAAAGCUUUCCUUGCAAAAAUAGAUUGUCUAGUAAAGGGUGUGAAGAGACGCCAUGAAAUAGCUUCAGAGUUUCAAGAUAUCAAGACACGGGUACGUGAAAUCCGGGAAAGGAGCGAGCCUUGCAGCUUCAACACCUUUGGAGGUAGUGCCGAGGAUAAAACUUGGCGUGACCCUCGAAUGGGGCUCCAUUUCGUCGACAACGAUGCACUUGUGGGGAUUGAUUCUUUGAGAAAAAAUUUGGGAAGAGAACCGAUACAUGGUGAAUCUAAUCGUACUGCGAUUUCAGUGGUGGGCAUGGGAGGAAUUGGCAAGACAACUCUGGCCAAGAAAGUUGCUGACGAACAGAUCGCCACAGGGCACUUUGACUGCCAUGCUUGGAUUACUGUCUUAAUGAUACAAGGUGAGGGAUCUACUAAAGACCAUGAUAAGGCAAUUUGUAAGUCUAGGAAAAAGCCUUAUCCCAGUGAGGUUAAUGCAAUGGACGGGGAAGAGCUGAUUGAAAAAUGCAGAAACUUUCUGCAGGAGAAGAGUAUUUUGUUGUGUUCGAUGAUGUAAAAGAAGACUUGGGGAGAAGUACAAUAUGCAUUGUUUGGUAAUGACAAAAGCAGUAGAAUUAUGCUAUUGAGCAAACGUCCCUCCAUCAAUCACUACAGAUUAUCUCAGCAAAAGAGGAGGAACCUCUGCAAUUGCAAUCAAUGUGAUCUCCUCUUCUUUUGUAUUGCCUUCGGCUUCAAGGACGAUUGGAAAAGUUACCCCAUUGGAUUUCCGAUCUCAAGUGCCUAGUUCGAAUUCGACUACUUUGGUCGCAAUUAUCCGAGAUUCCUCUCAACAUUCUUGGUGAAUUGCCCAAGUUGUUGGAACUUUUUCUUUAUAAGGGAUGCAAUGGAACACAACUUCAUUUCGAGAGUGGAUACUUUCCAGCACUCAAGAUUUUAAUCCUUGAGAAAUUGGAUAGGCUGAAUAGAUUGGCAAUCGAUGAAAAUGCAUUCCAUCUUGUUGAACACCUCUUUAUUGGGUCUUGUCAACAGUUGAAGAUGCUGCCAUCCGACAUCUGCCAUAUGAAAUGCCUUAGUGUGUUUGAAGUUAGUCUUAUGUCCAAAGAAUUUGUUAGAAGAAUGCUACCAGGAGUUGGUGAAGACCAUUGGAAAGUUCAAAAUAUAGCAAAUGUCCAUGUCUACAUCAUCAACACUGAACAACAAUAUUUAGCCAACAAGCUUGGUGAUUCUACCUUGUUAGACAGCUUAAAUUAGAAGUAGAGGUGUGGUUCUUAUCUACUAAUCCAUGAUGGUUCAAUGCCUGAAGAAAUCAACCAAAAACAGUGGUCCUUUCUUUUCACAUCAAGGCUGGCUGGAUGUACACCUUGCUACUUGGCGAUAAUUUGUGGGUCUUAUAUUUUAAUUUAUCGUAGUUAUGUUUAAUGCAUUUUGUCUUAAACCAAAAGCCG